AUGUCCGAUCCAACUACAUGCCGACAUAGCAUGCAAUGCGGUGCAAGCGAGUACUUCUGUUGGCCCCGCACAGCCCUCAUUUGGGAGGUGGAAUCAGUCCAAACUAGGAUUCGUGGGGAACCCUCUUGUGUCGCCAUCACCUGUGUUCAUUAUAUGCUACAUACGUGCACGACAAGGGAUGGUGCACUACCCGUUGCGUUUCCUGUAUCCGUGGCCCUGUCUGCAAUGUCGCGGAGACACUUGUAUGAACACCACGAUUCACCGUUCCACAGUCCAGGCUUCUGGCCAAGAUACAAGGCGAGUGGAGACACGAUCAGCCAGGAAGAGCAUAAGGCUGGAUCAGAGGGAACUCCUCGUUGCACAUAUGGCACAAACAUGACCUACACCAUCCGUCCUGCAGCAUUCGGAGCACGAAAGCCUACGUUCCAUAUUUCACGGCCAAAUCACAACGGGAUCGAUGAUCAGGAAUGGCUUUGGCCAUUCAUUAUUCCAAAACACUACGCCAAGGUAGCGCGUCGCUACGUCUGCUCCUACAUGAGUUUCAGUGAUGUUGUUAAACUCGGAACAUAUGUGUGCCGGAAGGCAAGCAUCGUGUUAUGGUUCAAGAUGCAGAUCUAUAAGCUGUUUGUCUCAGGGAAGAGACCCACUCAAUGA